GAGGGAUUUUUUAAAAAAUUAAUUAGAGACAAAGAAAGAGGGAAGUGGGAAGUGGGGUCCACUUAUUUGAACUGAUUUUCUUUUCUUUUUGUAUUUUCUCGAGAAAGUUCUCUCUCCUCAGACAGGCCUAUAUGAUAUCCUACUACGCUCCUCUUCCUCCUCUUCCUCCUCAACUCAACGGCUUUAAUUUGAAUAUCUUUCCUUUUCCCCAUUUAUUUACUCAUCUUAACCAUUCUAAUUCACUUCAUUUCAACAUAACACUCUUCUUCUUCUUCUUCUUUUUCGUUCAGAGUUGGUUUUUGAUUCAUCCAUGUUGUGUUAAGUGAAAAGAUUGAGCCAGCUCCCCUUUACAUCAUGGCAUCUGUGAAUCCAUUUUUCGAAGAUAUGCGAACAAAAUCCGAGGUUAUUGAUCCUCCUCAAAGUGAAGAUAUGCUUGAUGUUGGUGAAAUUCUGAAUGAUUCUCCACAAAAUAUAGGAAAGCCUAAUGUAGCUGUUACAAGCAGUGUCCGCGAUCUUUUGGAGUGCCCUGUUUGCUUAAAUGCAAUGUACCCUCCAAUUCAUCAGUGUUCAAAUGGUCACACGUUAUGUUCUGGUUGCAAGCCAAGAGUUCAUAACCGGUGUCCCACCUGCAGGCAUGAACUCGGGAACAUUCGAUGUCUUGCUUUAGAGAAAGUUGCUGCAUCUCUUGAGCUUCCAUGUAAAUAUCAGAGUUAUGGUUGCAUUGGUAUAUACCCUUAUUACAGCAAGUUGAAGCAUGAGUCUCAAUGCAUUUACAGACCAUACAAUUGCCCAUAUGCUGGAUCAGAAUGCACUAUUGUUGGUGAUAUCCCUUCUCUUGUAGCCCAUUUAAAAGAUGAUCACAAAGUUGAUAUGCAUAAUGGCUGCACUUUUAAUCAUCGCUAUGUCAAAUCAAACCCGCAGGAGGUUGAAAAUGCAACCUGGAUGUUAACGGUUUUCAGCUGUUUUGGCCAGUAUUUUUGUCUGCAUUUUGAAGCUUUCCAGCUCGGUACAGCUCCCGUCUACAUAGCUUUCCUUCGGUUUAUGGGUGAUGAUGUUGAGGCAAAGAGUUAUAACUACAGUCUUGAAGUGGGUGGACAUGGGAGGAAGAUGGUAUGGCAGGGGAUUCCAAGAAGCAUUAGGGACAGUCACCGAAAAGUUCGUGACAGUUUUGAUGGUCUCAUUAUCCAACGAAAUAUGGCUCUCUCCUUCUCUGGGGGAGACCGGAAAGAGUUGAAGCUUAGGGUGACUGGUAGAAUUUGGAAAGAACAGUAACUGAAAUUUCUCAUUUCAUCUUAGUUAGUUACUAGUUAGUAGGUUAGAAACAAGUGUUUGUACUAGUCAUGUGUUUUUAGAAUUAAGAAGCAAACUCUCUUUGCUUCUCCUUCUCCAUCUAUUAUGAAAAUGCAUGAGUGAGGAGAAGGUAUUCCUUUUACAUCCUCUUUAUAUGUUAUGAGUAAUGAUAUGUGCAUACAUAUACAUAAUGAUAUGUACAUAUGAUUACUCUAUAUAUAUAUUAUAUUAAUGUAGAUGUUAAAUUAAUUGUUUUCUAGUCCAAUGUAUGUGUAUGUGUUUCAUCUUUGUGUAAUGUAUUUUAAACAUUGAGAAGUGCUAGAACUGUGUUAAUUUAAUGUUAUUAUGCUUUUGUUUAAA